UUUACAUGGUGAAUAAAGAGUUUCUAAAAAUUACAUUCUUAGCAUAGUUAGGUUUGAAUCUUGAUAAGCUUGAGCUGUACGUCCCCACUUAAUGGUGAGCAUGUAGCAUGUCCUAGAUCAUAUUUUCUUGGCAAAGGCUCACCGUUGAAAGUUUACAAGCAGCAGCAUCCUCAUCGAAGUUGGUGAAGAACACGCAACUUUUGACCCCUGAGAAAUUUAUCUUCAAUUAGACCUAAAAAAUAUCAUUCUGGGGAUUUUUAAUUUAGUUAUUAAUGCUGAGGAGGAAACUGGUGAACCUCCGGCUUUCAGAACUUGUCUGGAGUUUUAUCAAAUUUAUAAAUACCUUCCUGAAAUCACAUCCUUCGCCUCCACCCGUCAGAACUUGCGUUUAUGAAAUCUAUGUUGAUGGCUGUACUUUAGAGAUCUUAUGUUCAACUUUGGCUAUCUAGUUACUUAACAGGAAGCAAAAAAUCAAGUUGUUCUCAUGCAUCGCGAGAAACUUGUGAUACAAAAUCAUUUGUUUGGCUUUCAAAUUCAAGUGAAGUUGCUCAAGUAAGACAAAUUUUAGUUGUAGUGAUAAAUUUUGCUGCAGUUUGCCCUGCAUGUCACUGAUAACUAUUUUCUGCUACAGUUGUGCUCUGAAGCGUGUCUUCUUUUGGUUCAAAUAAAUGGUUUGAAGCUCUUUGCCAGGAUUGUCAAGGGUUGCUACUUGUUACCAUAUUUUGGUUGAAUGUUGCCUCAAUUAGUCAAUUUGAUCCUGUGAAUAUUUACGCUUGUUUCCGAAGGGAUUUCAGAUCCGAGCUGAAUAUAAGUGCCGUGUUGGAUGGGUGUUAAACCCACCGCGGAUCUGAGUUACCUCUCUCUCUCUCUCUCUUUUCCUCUCUCCCGAGGGUCGUUUCGUCCGGCGACGCGUUUCUUCGUCCGGCCACGCCAUCUCCAGCCGGAGAGUUCUGGGCUUCGGCCUUUUCUUCCAGCUAGGGAGUGGGGAGGCGGCACAGGCGUUCUUCCCCCCUGGAUUUAUUCGUUGGAAGAUGCAGAAUGGAUGUGUUAGAGACUGUGAUUCACUUGACUCUGGUGAGCUUGAAAGCAUCCUGCAAGCCUUACCUGCUCCUCUCCGUCGUCGAGAUUUUCAGACCCUAGCAGAGAUUGCUAAGACCAGGGAGGGCCGGUCGGAGCUCUCCACUGUGAAUCCUCUCCCUUCAUUGCUUACCCUUGUCCGCUUCCUCCUCUCCCACCCUGGCUCAGACAUCAUCGUGCCUUCCCUGAGGCUCAUCCGGAACCUCUGUGCCGGUGAUGCGCAAUGCCAAUAUUCGUUUGUGGCAAAUGGCGGCGCAGACGCUGUUGCAGUAGCUGUCGGCUGCAGUGAAUCUGCUGAAGUUGUCCGCUUCGGGUUUGAGGUAUCUGCGAAUGUCGCGUCAGGCGGAGAAAUGCACCGGUCGGUACUGUGGAGAGCGUUGUUUCCCGGCGGUUUUAAGAGGGGUCUCUGCUCCUUCGAUGACCCGAGGAUUGCCGAUCCCGCGUGUAGGAUUCUGCAUGUGUGUGUCAGCGAGAAGAAUGGCAGGUUGGUGGAACUCUGUGGGCUUGAGGGAGUGCCGAUCAUGGCGUGUUUGAUCCGAAAAUCAUCUAAAAGUGAUGGAGUUGAAGCAGAGUGGAUACAGUUGCUCCUCCAAAAAAUCUGUUUAGAAGAAUCUUGUUUUUCUCAGUUGUUUGCCGGAUUAGGCACAAGGGGAGUUUCCGAUUACCAUGAAAAUAAUAUCUCUGAGGGUGGCUACUCUGUGGAGCAAGUGUAUCUGUUGCGUGCAAUUUCAGAGGGAUUAAGCCAGCAAGGAAGUGAUCUUGUUAUCAGUAAAGAUGUCGCACUAUCUGUUUUUAGUAUAUUCAGGUCAGCUGCAGAAUUAAUUCGGAGUAGCUCUACGAAAGAAGCCACUUCGCCAACUUCUUCACCAACAGUUGAUGUUUUGAGGCAUGCAAUAUUGAUCUUAAGAGAUGUUUGCUCUGUGGAGGACCGAAAGGGGCUGCCAGUGGAACCAUCCAUGCUAAAUGUUGAAGACCUGCAAGUGGAAGAUCCAUCCACCGUUGACUCACUCUUGUCUGCUGGUCUUGUGCACUUCAUGUUGGGCCUGCUGCAGGAACUUGGGGAGCCUGCAAUUAUUCGGAAGGCAAAAAACAAAUCAAGAAGCACUGGCCUUGGUUCUGUGGGAAACUCAAAUGGGCAAGCUGCAUUUCAAGCACCUGAAGGUGGUGAAGAGGCCAGUCCUCUCGAACCACAAUUGGUGUGUCCAUAUAAAGGAUUUCGAAGAGAUUUAGUUGCUGUUCUUGGCAACUCAGCGUACCGAAGGAAGCAUGCCCAGGAUGAGAUUAGGAGACAGACGGGAAUAUUGCUGCUAUUACAGCAGUGUGUGGUUGAUGAAGAUAACCCCUUCUUGAGAGAAUGGGGCAUAUGGACCGUGAGAAACUUGCUGGAGGGCAAUGCUGAGAACCAAAGAGAAGUGGCAGAACUAAAGAUUCAAGGGUCUGUUGACACGCCUGAAAUUUCAGAGCUGGGCCUGCAAGUGAAGGUUGACCCUGAGACUGGCCGUGCAAAGUUGGUGAAUGUUACCUAAUGAAAGAUUCUCUGUAUGUCAUAUGCCAUUGCUCACCUCCUUUUAAUUUUUUUCACUCUUUUUACCAUCUUAGUAGGAGUCCCUGACUUUUAACAGCCAUCCAACUGCUUUGGCAGAAAUUAUCAGGAAUAUAUUCAUCUUCUUUUGCUGUCUAA